GUGGAGGAGGAGAUGGGAGGAAGUAAUAGUAAUCAAUCCUCAGGUUACAGUUCAUGGAAAUUGAAAGUGAAAGUAAAGAUAGUGGAUAGAGCAGGAGAGACGGAUAUUUAACACACAAACGCCAGCUCCGUUCACAAGGGACGUUUCGAUACCGGACAUUUGUUAAAAGGCUGAGACGAGCGAGUUAUGGACAGAGAGGACAGAGAGUUGAACCUCAGAGAGGGUAGUCCCACUGAAGCGAUGCAGCGUAGAGGAGACACCAGAAGAAGGUCAAGUCCUCCACUCACCACACCAGCAAGACAGAGGAAGAGAGUCCAGCAACAACAAUCAGAAGAGGGGUUCGUGUCAGUUGAGGAGUCGGCCUCCAUCUCCCCAGAACUGGCCAACUGGAUCAAACGCAACGCCGGAGACCUCAAAAUCCGGCAGACAGAUCGCCGCUGGGCUGCGGAGGUGGUCAACGAUUUCCGAGAAAACCUGCAGAAAUUCCUGAGGGGCAACACCGAUCAGCCUUUUUUCCAGACAGCUGUCAUCGUCACCAGCGGAAGCUACUUUGAGAAAGUUAAGAUCCACAGCCCAGAUGAGUUCGACAUGAUGCUGCAGCUUCCGGUUCCUUCACGCCUCAACAUGACAGAGCUGGAUAGUGGCCUUUUCUACCGGCUGGAGCUUAACCGGCCCACUCGAAGCCUCAUACAACCCUUCCUUCUGGAGAAUGAGCUCACCAUUUCAUCCAGCAAGAUCCUGAAUGAGGCCUAUCGCCUGGUCCGCAAGUUCCUCAAGACCUACAAAGUGCCUGAUGAACACUAUCAUUGGGAGGUGAACAGGAAGCGGAUCUACUCACCAGCCGUGACUCUGUCUCUGUGCAGGAAUGAGAGCGAUAGUGACGAGCAGAUCUCUUUGGACUUGGUUCCUGCUCUGGAGGUCCACGCCUCUCAGGGCUGGCCACUCGCAGUCCGUAACGGCCCAGAUGUGGACAACUGGCUGGGGAAGAAGGGUCGCCAGGAGAUCAAAAGUUCCCCCUGUUUCUUUGUACCAAAGAGACUCAAAGGACGAAACCUGAGCGAGGGGGCCAAAGAGAGCUGGAGGAUUUCUUUCUCUCUCAUUGAGAAGAAGAUCAUCACCUCUCAUGGCAACACGAGAACCUGCUGUGAGACAAAUGCCACUAAAUGCUGCCGUAAGAUGUGCUUAAUGCUCCUCAAAUCCCUGAUCGAGGGUCUGAAACAACGUUUUCCCAAAGAGCUCGACGACCUCUGCUCAUACCACGGGAAAACAGCCUUCCUCCACACCCUGUCCAUCAGGUUCAGCGACUCUAUGUGGACUCCUCAGCAGCUCCCUGCCUGCUUCCUGCACCUCCUCGGAGCUCUGGAGGACCACGCACGAAGAGGCUCCCUCCCUCACUUCUUUGUACCCAAAUGCAACCUCUUCUCUCCGGCUGUCUUCCCUCGCAAGGCGCUGGCUUUCCUUGUCAAUGCCCUGGAGGAGCAGAGGAGGGGCGGCCUGCCCCUGCUGAAGCCUCCAGCUCUGGUCCCACCACUGAAACCAGUGACUCUCACCUUCGAACAGACGUCUCCAGAUCACUCCCUGGUCACUACGUUCAUGAAAAGAAUGGUCAUAGUGUUUGUUCUAGCUUUGGUUUGUGUCCUGUGUCUAAUCUGAGUGAUGGUACAUGAGGAAACACAUUCACAUUUUUCAUGAAGUACAGUCAUUUAUUUUAUGAAUUAACCAACAGUGACUGUGUGCACUUGAUUCAGUUAAAUAAUUUUUUUGUUUUACUGAAAUGCAUCAUGGUACUGCAUUGUGUUUUUUUUACUGUACUGUAAGCUCUUGUAAAAUUGUGAAUUAUAUUACUAGUCUUUCGUAAUUAAUUAGAGGUCAUAAAUGAAACAAAGUAAAAUAAGAUUAACUUUAUUAAUCCCACUGGAAAAAACAUGAAGUGUACUAUUUCAUAUAGUAAGUUGAAGUUGAAAGAUAAGUGAAAAGUUGCAUCUCUUACAUCUACUACUGUAGCUUGUUUUGUUGGUUUCAAAUGGAAUCAAGGGUUCAGAACCACGGAUGUACUGAUUUUAUAAUCAAUAUAAAACAAUAAAGUUAAGACUUGUGGGACCAAACAAACAUAAAGUGAUGCAAAAUGACUACAAAGGAACACAAAACUAUCCUAAAGAGAGGAUUUCAGUUCUGUCUUCUUCAGUCUGGGUGUCAUGCUUCUAUGCAGGACACAAUUACAUGUCUACAUUUACAUGUAUCAUAAACUGUUCAUGGGUGUCAGUUAUAUUUGCAGUUCCAAAUUUCAGCAACUAUUUGAUAUUAUUUCGUAUUAAAAUGUUGUUACUUAUUCCAUGUUCAUUUAAUACACUGAAUAAAUCAUGAAACUGCUGAUAA